GCUCCAUUGUCAUUGAAAUGACAUGAGAUAAUGCUAUAUUUAAGGCUGCCAAGUGGGCAGAUUACCCUUGAAAACAUUCUUGUGGGGGACAGUCAUUCUUGAUGCCACCAGGCAGGAGGGAAGGCAUCUCUCCUUUGUCCUUUAUCUGUUUUUAGGACUGGCAUGUUCACCAAUGUGAUGGCACUUUUCUGUAUGUAGGGUGGACAUUUACCACACAAGUGUCUAGAGGACUGGUAAAAGAAAGUUGGAAAGAUUCCUCUGAAACUCCCAGAAUGGAAACCCGAACCUUGUUCCACCAUAGGGAGGAGGAGCAAAAGGAGGAAAGGCACCAAGAUUUGCAAAUGACGUCUACCACAAGGAAGACCAAGUUCAGGACCAGUGAGAAGGAAGAGGGGUUCACUCUUUCCGAUCUGUCCAUUGCGUCUGCUCUUACUCUGGUGUCAGAAAUGUCAUGGGAAUCCAAGAUAAGGCAGGAGGCUGCCAUUUUGGAGGUGGAGAAGAGGGGCCAGAAGAGGGUCCGGUUUGGGAAUGAGAUGGAAAAGCUGGAGAAAGAUGUCAUUCAACACUGCCGGUUCUUGCGGGUGAGGGCUGACAAGAAGGCCCUUCGGAGGAAGGCGGAAGCGAAGGCACAGCGUGAGAAAGAGGUCAUGGAGCUGCUGUCCUGCAGAGCGCCCAUGUUCUGGAUCCCUCUUCGAGCUCAUGCUGUCUGGGAACGAAUGAGCGUCAAACUGGAGUGUACAGUUCUGGCCUCUCCUCUUCCAGAAGUGACCUGGUAUAAAAAUGGAGUUCGUAUUGACCCCCGUCUAGCUCCUGCAGGGAAAUACAGAAUGAAGAGUGAGUUUGGAAUGCUCACACUGGACAUCAGCAGAUGCUCCUUGGACGAUUCUGCUGAAUACAGCGUGGUUGUGAAAAAUCCAUAUGGUGAGGCCUACUCCUUUGCGACAGUACUCGUCAGGAAAUAUUAUGGGAAGAAAUCAGGAUUUGACUCAGAGAUAUAUAAAAGGACACUCAUGCGCCAAGAUGCUGACUUUGCCAGCACCUUGAAGCCUGUCUUCACCAGAGAGAAGGAACCCUUCACUCUCUUCUGUUCUUUCACUUCUGACUUGCAGGAGCAUCAACGAGACAUCCUUUGGUUCAGAGAUGGUGAGUUGCUAAAAGAUCACGAUCGCCAGCAAAUAAAAGGUGGAGACCGGGAUGCCUCUCUAACAGUAUCUUGUGCUUACAAAGAAGAUGAGGGAUUUUACAGUGUCCGCAUCCCAACGCAAGAUGGAUAUAGUGAGCAGAGAGCUUAUGUGUUUGUCCGGGAUGCUGCGGCGGCUACAGCCAGAGCUCCUGGAUCACCCCUCAAUGUACAGUGCCACAAUGUGAACAGAAACAGUCUCAUUCUUUCCUGGAUCACCCCCAGUCAUAAUGGCGGAAGCCCAGUCCUUGGCUAUUAUAUUGAGAGAUGUGAGAUGGGCACAGACGAAUGGGUGCCAUGCAAUGAAAAGCCCGUGAAAAUUUGCCGGUCCCCCGUUGUGGGCCUCACUGAAGGAAAGACUUACCAGUUUCGAGUGAAGGCUGUCAACCAUGCAGGCAUCAGUAACCCCUCAAAGAGCAGUGACCCAGUGACUAUGAUAGACCCCAACGAGAGCAAAAGAUUGAUGAAUAUCUCUUAUGAUGACGGGAUGAGAACAAUUACUGUUUCCAAAGACGAACUGGAGCCUGAAGUCAAAAUCCCUUUGCCACCCACCAAUGUUCAUGCCAGUGAGGUCAGGGAAGAUUAUGUCGUCCUCUUUUGGGAUGAGCCAGAUCCCAGAGGCAAGGAGCCCCUAAGUUACUAUAUAGAAAAGUCAAUAGCAGGCACUGACAGCUGGCAGAUGGCCAACUUGGACAUCCCAGUGAAUUCCACGACGUUUGCUCUCUUUGAUCUCGACAAAGGGAAGACAUACUGUUUCCGAGUGCGAUCUGUGAACAAGUAUGGUGUGAGUGAGCCUUCUGCGCCCAGCGACAACAUCUCAUUGGGGGAAAAAAUAGCUCCUCUGCCACCUCCAUCUCAGGUUCUGACCUUCCGAGACACCAGGACAUCCGUUGUCGUUCACUGGAGCAAGCCAAAGGAGGGCCAAGAGCAACCUCUUGGCUAUUACAUAUAUUCCCGGGAGGUUGGGACAGAGGAGUGGGAAACUGUGAAUAACAAACCCCUCCAGUGUCAUGAGUUCACUGUUCCAGGGCUCAAAACUGGCAAGGAGUAUGUCUUCUGUGUGAAAGCUGUCAACGAAGCAGGCGUGGGGGACAGCUCCCCAGAAUCCGAUGCCAUCGUGGUUAGGCAGGCCAUUUCCUGCCCAUCACCCCCACGUGGUUUUGCCCUGCUGAAUUGUGGGAAGGACAAUAUGACCAUUGGCUGGAAGCCUCCAAGAUGCAAAGGAGGCACAACGAUUCUGGGCUACUUUCUGGACCAGCAUGAUGUUUCGGAGAUUGACUGGCAUGAGGUCAACAUUAAGCCUAUCGCUCAGCGUGUUUACACGGUCACCAACCUGGACGAAGGGCAUUUCUAUGAGUUCCGCGGUUAUGCAAUGAAUGUGGUUGGAGUUGGGAAAGUCUCAGAACCCAGUGACCUUUUCAAAUGUGAGGAGUGGACUAUGCCAGAGCCAGGCCCUCCCUAUGAUGUGAGGUGUACGGAAGUGAGGGACACAUCUCUGAUGCUUCACUGGGAGCCUCCUUUGUAUACUGGAGCCGGCCCCGUCACUGGCUACUUUGUGGACAUGUGUGAGGAAGGAUCUGACACGUGGGAGCAACUGAAUAAGCAGCCGAUCUCCGACACCCAUAUGAAGCUGUCUGACCUGGAGACUGGAAAGUGCUACAUUUUCCGAGUGCGGGCACAGAACAAGGCUGGGGUUGGCCCACCCUCUCUCCCCUCAGAUCCUGUGGUUGUAAAAACCAAACCAGGCACCAAAGAAAUUGAAGUUGGGGUAGAUGAGGAAGGAUUCAUCUAUCUGGCCUUUGAAGCUCCUGAAGUAGUUGACACCUCAGAGUUUAUCUGGUCCAAGGAUUACGAAGGACCUCCAAAACCCGACAGGGUUGAAAUUGUCGACAAGGAUGAUAAAUCUAAGGUCCUCCUGAAGUAUGGUACUGAAAGAGAUCUGGGAACCUACUCAGUAGAAGUAACUGACACGGAUGAGGACAUUUCCGCCAGUCAUGUUUUGACUGAGGAAGAGUUAGACAAGCUGCGGAAGAUCAGCCAUGAGAUCCGGAACCCCUUGAUUGAGCUGAUAUCUGGAUGGAAUGUUGAGGUUCUGGAGAAAGGGGAAGUGCGGCUCUGGCUGGAGGUUGAGAAGCUCUCCCCAGAGGCGGAGUUGCACCUGAUCUUCAAUGGGAAGGAGCUUUCGAGCACUCCGGUGAGUUCUCUUUCAUUUGAGUUGGUCACAG